UGACUUCACUCAUUCUUGACAUUUGAUAGAUAACAAAAUGAUUUAUGGUGAAGAUAUUGAUAAACAAUGAAGCUAUCCCGUUUUUGACAAACCGAAUUUUUCAGAUAUUGUACCAAUAAAUAUAACAGACCAAAUGCACCAUGAAGCCGAGGAUGCUUCAUAAGAUUCGCUGCACCGCGACCCAGAAGAUGGCGCUGAUAGACUACAUGUGGAACCACCGUCGGCUAGCCAGACACGAGUACGAUCCGUACACCGCGGAGACAGAGUGGUUUCGCCUGGCUGAGACUCUUAACCAGAAUGGGUCAGUCAAAACUGUGGACAAAUGGAAAGUUACUUGGCGCGACCUCAAAAGGAAAGCUUUAAGGGAAGUCCAAGCGGCUGCACAAAAUAAUACAAGGGCAAGAGAGCCGGCUAUGAAAAUUCGAGAAAUCUUGAUGUCACCAGCUGACGGGAACCCUAGGGAGCACAGAAAUCUUAAAAUGUCUCCAUCACCACACUCUUCUUCGAUUCACCUCACCCCUGAAGAUUCUUACCAAUGGUUAGAGGCGGGUGGCCAGGACCAGAGCCAGUAUUUGGAGCCACAAUGCCGCCCAGCUAACGGAUUGGAGUCGAUUGAGUGCACUCCGGACUUAAGUUCGGACAGUGCUCGUAGUAUCUCGCCUGUGCCGACAUCGUUGGCUAGAUCACGCAGCAACCAAGAGCAAAUCAACGCUUUGGUGGAUUGCAUGGCCAUAAACACUGGCAUGGCGUUCGGCAACCAGCAGACGCCCAAGAAGAAGGCGGACUGGAAGAAAUUACGGCAGCUUUUGAAUAGGAACGGGCCUGCGAAACAGACGGCGGCUUGGCGACAGACGUGGCGUGACCUAAAACGUAACGCUUUAGAAAGAAACAAUAUAACUUCAAAACAAAACUCGGUGAUUACGCAAAAAAUCGUACAAAUCAUCGAAGCGCACGAACAAGGCACAAAUUCAUCAAACGAUGUUUCGGCAGAUGACGAUUUACAUUUACGUUUACCACCGCAAUUCAUUCGGGCCGAAACAGUUAACGAAGCUUCUUCAAAUCAAAUGCCCCCUGUACAACGCGACGUGUCCGCUGUAAACGUGGUCCCUUUGCGACAACAUUUGCGGCGUUUUAAAACGCGUUCAACCACCAACCAAAUAUGCGCGUUAGUUGACUACAUGGAGAAACAUCCCGCUCUGGCCGUAGCGAAAUCUGCAGCUGGAGACACCCAAUGCCCCUACAACGCAGAGUGGCGAAGUUUAAGCAAUUACCUUAACAGAAUUGACAUUAGAAAAAGAAGCACUUUGGCUUGGAAACGAACAUGGCGCGAUCUUAAGAAAGCUGCUAAAAAAGAACCAAGUAACGAACGGAAUUCUAAUGUAAAUCAGAGAAUUCUUCAAAUUUUAAUAAAGGCAGCAGAUACCCAACAAGACGAGGAGUCUAAUAUGGAAACUGUAGACUUAGAUGCCCUACCGUUCGCAGUGGACUUUGACCAAAUGUCUCCUGGACAACACCCUGGCCGUUCCUCGCCAGUGCAAAGUGAAAAUGGACAAUUAGAUCAAGAUAAACCAGAAAUGACGUGUAAAAAAGGACACGGUACCAACGCCCAAAAACACGCUUUAGUAGACUACAUGACCAGCCACCCCGCUCUAGCCACGUCCAAGUUCAUAGCGGUUGUCGACUGCGACCCACACUACGCUGAAUGGAGGCAGCUAAGCAAGUAUCUGAACAAAAUAGGGACAGCUAAAAGUGUUAUCUCUUGGAAACGGACGUGGCGAGACUUCAAAGUAAGCGUUCUAAAGAAAAAAUGGUUUAACGAAACGCUUUUCGGAUUAGACCGGAAAGUCCUAGAAAUUUGUAAAAAGGAUCCCAUCGAGUUAAACAUUGAAACGGAGAAAGAAUUCGACUCGCUACCAGAUCCAACCGACGGUAUGCCUGUCCUUUACUUACUAUCUCCAAAACACACGAAGCCCGACAUAAUAUUAUGUGACCCGUCUCAUGACGACCCUGCCAACCAAGAGUCUGAAAAUAACCCUAAACAAGGCCAAAAGUCUCCUGAGCAUGUAGAAAUGUCCCCUGGGGAACGAAGCCGUGAAAUGUCUCCUGACCAACGAAGUACACAGUCUUCUGUACAUUCCGAUCGUGGUUUACCGGUGCAAAAUGAAAAUGAAAAUAGGCAAGACAGUUCGUAUAAGAAAAAUAGAAGAGUUCGUUGCACCCAAACUCAAAUAAACGCCCUCGUCCGCUACAUGGAGCGCCGCCCCUCCCUAGCGCGAGCAAGAUGUCUGUACAUGAACACCGAGCAUGACCCGCACCACGAUGAAUGGCGGCGGUUAUCUAGAUAUUUGAACAAUGCUGAUACAAGUGUGGCCGCUAAGAGCGUUACCAGAUGGAAGUGUACAUGGCGGACGUUAGUAAUAAACGCGCGCAGACAAGAUCGCAAGAGAAGCCCGUGGAAUGAUAGGGUUUCUAGUAAAAUACUACAAAUACUAAACGAAAACGAUCCUGACGCCAACGAGAAAAAUGUAGAAGAGCAUGUCACACAAUCAAACGAGGAUUACGUAUAUACACCAUUACUAUCGGAAAGUGUAAUGCCUGAUCCCCUUAAAUGUGAACCCAGUGAGGACGUUGAACGCAACCGAGAAGAAAAUGCUGAACUUCCUAAACGAUGUCAUAAUAGAAGAAAUUAUGGGAACUAG